UCGGGCUGGUCCACUCGAUACGGAGAAUGAUCCGAUUAACUUAUAUACUACUAUUCCUGUGCUUCCACCAUGUCCAAAGCGCGUCACAAGAGAAGCGAGAAGCUGGAGCAAUCGCAUCUGGUUACCCGGUCCGUCACACUUACUCUGAGCAUCACACCCGGGUAGCCGUACCGGUCCCGCAACCGAUACCGAUCAGCGUCCCGCGACCGGUCCCCUACACCGUACCAGUAGGCGUACCGGUUGACCAGCCUCGUCCAGUACUAGUCCCGGUACCACACCCCGUGGCCCACAUCAUCCACCGACCGGUAGCAGUGCCGGUCGACCGGCCGUUCCCGUAUCCGGUAGCUCAGCCCGUGCCGGUCACUAUUACUCAGGGAGUCGCGAUACCGGUUCCCCAGCCGUAUGCAGUUAGUAUACCUGCUCCGGUACCAGUGGGGGUGCCACAACCGGUCCCUGUGCCGGUUUCCCCUGUGUUAGUAGGGCCAGGGGUGGUCGGUGGAGGUGUGGUCGGUCCAGCCGUUGUGGGACCUUCAGCCGUAGUCGGGCCUUCAGCCGUCGUGGGUCAGGCCGUUAUUGCGUCACCGGGAGUGGCAACGGCAGGAGUGGUGGGCUCGUCUGCCGUAGUCCACGGUUCUUCUGCUAGUAGUUAUGGUCAUACAGUAGUAGCUUCCCAUGGCCAUGCCAUCCAACAUCCUUAUUAACUAUAAUAGAGGUUCGGGGGUAAUUUAGUAUUUAUUUUUGUUAUGAGUUAGUACAAAAUCACCGGUGCCAAUAGAAGGUAGUUAGUUAUUCAAAAUAAGCCAUACUUUAGAUGUUAAUAUUUAUCUGCUAUUCACUUGAUACGCUGUCUCUAAAGUCACUGAAAAUAUCUUUGCUUAUCUUAUUCUGUCCAAGUGCAACCAUGUUGUUGUCAAAUAUUUUAAUCAGUUUAGCCAGAAAGACGUUCGAUUAUACGGACGAAGGUAUAUCAAGCUACACGCUGGGGCAUCUUAUACAAGUUGCAAUAAGUGCUAUUUUGCAAUAAAAAUGUAAAGACUGAUGUACUGCACAAACAUAAACAUGUAGUAAUAUCAGCUAAGUUAUUUUUGUAGCUUUUAUUUACGCAUAUAUUUUACUUUAAUUUAUUUUAAAGCCUGGUUUAAUGUUUAAGAAGUUUUGUAAAUGAAACUUAGUGCCCUAGUUAAUCAUA